GAUGAACACAUGUAGAGGAUUAUCAGAACUGUGUGGAAUUUGCAUUUGAUUUGAGAGCUUACAAAAGUGGUCAUCAUGGAGAAACAGCAGAUUGUCCUGAGUAGCCGAGAUGGUGGGACCAUGUCUGGUGCAGCUCCUGCUUUUUUUGUCAUCUUGAAACAGCAGCAGGGAAAUGGUAAAGCUGACCAAGGAAUCCUCGUAGCAAACCGUGACGCUUGUGCUCUUGCCAGCAGCGUAUCAACUCCGAUAGAAUCCAAAGUCAAGACCUGCCUCCCAGCUGACUGUGUCUCAGGGGGCAUUACCGUCACCCUAGAUAACAACAGCAUGUGGAACGAAUUCUACCAUCGCAACACGGAGAUGGUUUUGACGAAGCAGGGGAGGCGCAUGUUCCCCUACUGCCGAUACUGGAUUACAGGUCUGGAUGCGUGUCAGAGGUACAUCCUGGUCAUGGACAUAUCCCCCGUGGACAAUCACCGAUACAAAUGGAACGGCCGGUGGUGGGAACCCAGUGGAAAGGCAGAACCGCAUGUUCUGGGGCGAGUGUUUAUUCAUCCAGAAUCCCCUUCCACUGGCCAGUACUGGAUGCAUCAGCCAGUGUCCUUCUACAAACUCAAACUUACCAACAAUACCCUGGACCAGGAGGGUCAUAUAAUCUUGCAUUCUAUGCACCGUUAUCUGCCACGACUUCACUUGGUGCCUGCAGACAAAGCCACAGAAGUCAUUCAACUCAAUGGCCCCGAUGUCCAUACAUUUACCUUUCCACAGACAGAGUUCUUUGCAGUUACAGCCUACCAGAACAUCCAGAUUACCCAGCUGAAAAUAGAUUACAACCCUUUUGCUAAAGGGUUCAGAGAUGACCCUCAGCGCGAUGUGAAACAAAACCGUAACUCAGGAUUGGAAGGGGGUGAUAUUUUUGGUGCUGCUAGCGUUCGUGGGCGCUCUGCUGAAGUUGACGCGUUAGAAGUACACCAGAGAAGUUUAGUUUCUUCGUUCAUCGGUCAAAACCCAUCAGACAUUGAUCUGGACAAAGAGUCCUUUAACGCAGAAAGGGACUUUCUGAGUUUCCUGGACACUGACCUGUCUGCGGGUGAUAUGCCAAAGCUAAAACAAGAAGUUUCUGAAAGUCCCAUUGCUAGCAGUUACGAAAGCAGUUCCCGUGUGGCAUCCCCACUGGACCCGAAUGGACACUUUAAUGUAGUUGUUAAAGAGGAGCCAGUAGAUGACUAUGACUACGAGUCGAAUAUUUGCACCCAAGGAAUAAGUGUGAAGCAGGAAGACACAGAUGAAGAAACUGAUGAGUAUUCCAACACUGAUGAGGAUGAUCCCAUCCUACAAAAACGCUUGAUGAGACGCAACGAAACAGAGGGAAUUGAUGGAGAAUUCAGGUCUAGGAAGCGUGGGCUAACCUCUCCUUCAGGUGUUGCCAAAGCAAAAAUGUUGAAACUGGAGAGCGGGAAGAUGCCUGUGGUCUAUUUGGAACCUUGUGCAGUGACAAAGAGCACGGUGAAGAUAUCGGAGCUGCCACAGACCAUGCUGUCCUCUACCAAGAGGGAAAAAUCCCCUUUGAGUUCAAUACUGGAUUCCUUGCCUGUGUGUUUUGAAAAUCACAAAGGCUCUAGCUCAGACACAGCCACUGUAACUGAGGAGCUAGUUCUGAGAAAACAAUCCUCUGGGAGUAGAAUGUCGCAGAAAUACUCUUCCAUAGGAUUGACCCCGUGGGCUCUAUCUAAAUCAUCUAAUUUUAAUCUCAGGAGCUCACUAAGUUGUCAGUUUUCAGCUAAGGAGAUCUGUGGAAGAAAAAGGUCUGGCAUACUGAAGAAUCCUAUGUCCCUGAGAGGCUCUGGUAGCAAUCAGAACACCUUAUCAGUUACAACUAAAAGAGGAAGGCCACGGAAACUGAAAAUUUCCAAGGCUGGUCGACCACCUAAAGGCAUAGGGAAAACUGUAAUAGCGAGCAAGAACGCCUCGCUGGGGCCUGGGAAUAUCCUUCCAGAUGUUAAGCCAGACCUUGAAGAUGUUGAUGGAGUUCUUUUUGUGUCCUUUGCAUCAAAGGAAGCUCUUGACAUUCACACUGUUGAUAGAGUUGGAGGAGAAGAGCCGCAGAAUCUUCAGGCUCCGUUGUUGAAUACAAAUGAUCCAGAUUGUCAAGCAAGAAUACAAGUACUGGAAAAGGAAUUGAUGGAAGAGCUGAAGACCUUGAGGCAUAAGCAAGUAAUACAUCCUAGCCUUCAGGAAGUGGGACUCAAGCUGAAUUCUGUGGACCCAACAAUGAGCAUUGACUUGAAAUACUUGGGUGUGCAGCUUCCUCUUUCCUACUCAAAUUACUCUUUGUGGAGCUAUCCGGGAACCAAUCCCAAUUCUCCAGAUACUGGAUUUCCUUUUGUUUCCAGGACAGGAAAAACAAAUGAUUUCACAAAAAUCAAAGGCUGGCGAGGGAAGCUUCAUGGUGCUUCUAGAAAUGAAGGUGGCAGUUCAGAAGGUUCCUUGAAGAAUCGCUCAGCGUUCUGUAGUGACAAGCUGGAUGAGUACCUGGAAAAUGAAGGGAAGCUGAUGGAAACAAGCAUGGGAUUCUCUUCUAGCACUCCCACUCCUCCUGUGGUGUAUCAGCUUCCCACUAAGAGCACUAGCUAUGUGCGAACACUUGACAGCGUUCUAAAGAAGCAGUCCACCAUAAUUCCAUCAACAUCUUACACGUUCAAGCCCGUUUCUCUGUCAUCUACCUCUAGGAAGACAAAGGGUCAAAGCAGACAGAAAAAUAGAAUGAAAUCGUCUUACAAACCCAUACUGCCGUCACCUUAUUCUGGAAGACAGAAACAGAACUCUGCAGGGGAAAGGGCAGCGAAGUCUGUCUCAAACAGUAGUUUGAAUAAUCAAGGGGAUAGUUUUGUGACGACAGCUCUGGAGGAGAACGUGCUUCCAAAACAGAUCAGCCUGCGCCAAGCACCACAACAGCACCAAGCAUCUCGUCCGCCCGGUUUGUCUAAAUCUCAAGUGAAGUUAAUGGACUUGGAAGACUGUGCUCUCUGGGAUGGCAAACCACGCACGUAUAUUACAGAAGAACGAGCAGACAUCUCUCUGGCAACCCUGCUUACGGCUCAGGCUUCUCUCAAAACCAAACCUAUCCACAAAAUAAUAAAACGACGAGCACCUCCCUGCAAUAAGGAUUUCUGUCGCCUGGGUUGCAUAUGUGCCAGCCUGGCACUGGAGAAACGUCAGCCUACACACUGCCGCAGGCCGGACUGUAUGUUUGGUUGUACUUGCUUGAAGAGAAGAGUGUUGCUGGUGAAGGGAGGAUCAAAACAUAAGAAAAUGAUGAAAAAGGCAGUGCGUGGAAAUCUGGUGCUCUAUGGAACACAAGACGAACAGCAGGAGGAUGAAGAUGCGGAGGAAGGGGGUGAUGGGGAGGAAGAUGAGCUGAAGCAGAAAGAUAGGAGGAAGAGAAAAAGAGUGGAAUACACAAUCUGUGACUCGGAGCCAGAACAGCCUGUUCGGAAUUGUCCACUGUGGGUGAAAGUAGAAGGUGAAGUAGAUCCAGAGCCAAUUUACAUCCCAACACCAUCUGUUAUUGAACCAGUUAAAUCUGUGGUACUGCCCAGCACAGAAGUCUUGCCUCCUAGUAAGCCUAGAUCUUCCAGUGGAGUGAAACCAGCCAGAGUGUAUACUCCUAGACCCAAUCCAGUGAUUCGAGAUGAGGACAAGGAUCCUAUCUACCUGUACUUCGAAAGUAUGAUGACUUGUGCAAGGGUCAGACCAUAUGAAUACAAAAGAGAGGAAAGAAAGCGAAAAAAAGUGAAAAACGAGUUACAGAUUUGUAGUAUAAAGGAGCCUAAAACAGAAGUUCAGACUCCUGAGAAGGCAGCCUCUGAGGUAGACAAAGACACUGGUAAAGCAAGAGAGAAAAGCUGGUGGUCUUCCCAUAGUGAGGGGGACUCUUCCUCCACCUCCUCUGUUCAUCACACCACUCCAAGUGGACCAACCAAACUUAUCGAGAUUAUGUCUGACUGCAACUUGGAGGAAGAUCACAAUAAGAUCAUGACCAUGUUGUCACAGCAUAUCAGCAGUAACGCGCCACAGUGCCUCAAAGUGGGUAGCUUCGUUAUUGAAUUGGCUUCGGAGCACAAGGCCCGGGAUGAGGACCACCCUCCUGUCUACUCCUCCAGAGUGAAAAUUUCAGUGCCGUCCUACCAUGUCAAGGACGAAAAGCCUGAGAUACCCAUCUUGGAGACUCCUGAUAGUGGAGUGCCGUCGUGCAAAACCCCAGAAAAUGUAAAGUUAUCGCGGGCAGACGCAGUGGACAAACUGCAGGAGAAGUUGCAUGGGGGCAAAGGCUUGCCUUUUUAUGCGGGGGUUUCUCCUGCGGGAAAACUGGUCGUCUACAAACGCAAAGCUAAUAUGAACCCCUCAAGCUUGAUUCAGGUUAAUGAUAAAAGGUAUCCUCAGGCCAAACUGCUUUUGGGACAGAUGGGGGCAUUACAUCCCGCCAAUCGGCUAGCAGCUUAUAUCGCAGGCAGGCUGCAACACGCAGUACUUGAUAUCUCAACCCUCAGUACUGUGAUCUCCAAGGUAGCACCCAGUGCUAAAGCAGCUGCUCCUGAGACACCAUCAGUCCAGGUGCCCACCACCUCAGCUCCCAAAACUACAUCUUCCACCAGCACUACUUCAACCCCCACUGUGACGACUCUGAAAACCCAUGUCCCACCAGCACAGAGACAGAUAGCUGCCCGACCCUCACCUGGUGGUGUGUUCACAGAGUUCGUGAUGAACAAAGCCGGAGCCCUGGAGCAGGUUGCUGGAGCAAGCGCGCGCAUGCCUUUGUCCGGACCACAGAAGUUCAGUAUCAAGCCCACGCCCAUAAUGGUCGUCACUCCUGUGGUUCCCUCCAGGCCUUCUGCAGCUCAGUGCACCAUCUCUCCUGGGGUCACUACGGCCACCAUCGCUUCUCCAGUUACUGUGGAAAGUACCGGCGUGGCACCGCCUCCUGUGAGCGCUCCCGGCCAGACGAGACCUAACGAACCUGCCUGUUCCUCUCCUGUAAUUACAGUCAUAGCUGCUCCUGCAAUAUCUGAACCCAACACCGGCACCUGUACGACUCCCUCGUCCACCACUCCGGCUGCCACUGUGAACGUCAUAGCAGCGACGGGGAUUGUUGCGCCAGUGGCAACCAUGCCCUUGCCUAACACUGUAGUAACGACACCAACUGUUACCUCUUGUCCUGUUGUCACAACGUCAACUUCUACAGUUGUGCUAACAACAGCUGCGACAGCUACGUCUGUAGUGACCACACCGACUUCCUCUGCCAUCUCCGUUCCGAUUAUACUGUCGGGAGUUAAUUCAAGUCCUUCACUGAAUCCGAAAAGAGAGGAGGCUACUGCACAAGCUGUAAGUAAGACUCCGCAGAAAAUGUCUCCUGGAACAGACAAACGUGUAGGACCUCGGUUGUUGCUGAUUCCCGUGCACCAGACAUCUCCCGCUUUGCGACUGCUGAACAACACGCAGCUUACUCCGAGACAGAGGAUGGUCCUUCAGCCUCUCAGGAGUCCCGGUGCCAUGAACCUGUUCAGGCAUCCCAAUGGGCAGAUAAUUCAGCUUGUCCCUCUGCAGCAGGUUCGAGCUGCAGGUGCCCAGCCCAGCGUGCAGCCGGUGAUGUUCCGCAAUCCAGGAUCUGUUGUAGGAAUCCGGUUGCCUGCGCCUUCUAAGCCUCCUGAGUCACCCCUGUCCCCCGCUUCCUCUGUGUCUUCCACUCCUCCUGCCACAAACUCAGCCGCACAAACCGCGGUGCCCAAGUUAUCCCCUCCGUCUAACGUCGCCACUCAAGCAUCUUCUCUCCUUCCGUCAGUAACGAGUUUUGUGUCACAGGCGGGCACUCUGACUCUGAGGAUCUCUCCUCCUGCUGCUAGCAGCGUGACAAAUCAAACGGCCUCCGAGUCAAAAAUAGCCUGCAGCUCAGGUGGCCUGCCUGCUACCACUGCUAAUCUCAUACCUUUGCAGUCCGGUAGUUUUGCUUUGCUUCAGCUCCCAGGACAGAAGACAGUGCCAAACUCCAUUCUUCACCAUUUUGCAUCUCUUCAGAUGAAGAAAGAUUACAGGAAAAUAUGCAAGAAAGAGGAGUCGAGUGCUGCCCAGCAGAAGAAGAAUGGGAAGACUUCACGCUCAGGUGGCGUUGAAGUUACAGAGUCUGAGGUAAAGGUGUCGGAUAGGAAACCAGAAGAAAACGAGUCAUCAGGUAACCAGUCAAGUAACGUUGAAGAGGCAGCGUCUGGCACAAUUGCACCUGAUAGAAAUUCCGCUACGUUAGAGACAGUGGAGAAGGACUCAAAGGUGCUAGAGCCUUCUUGUGACGAUAGUGCUUCUCAGCACGACGUUUCCGCAGAUGUUGUGUCAUCUGACCAUUCAUACAUCAGUGAAAAGCCAAACGAUGAGGAAGAAAAAGGGACUUCUGAGGAGAAAGAGGAUUCUGGCAGUUCUGCAGCUGCAGUGGAGGCUGUUUCAACUAACUCUGAAACUGUUUGUGCAUCAUCAGAUCAGUCUCUAGUUGCUCCUCCAGAUAAUGCACAUCCACAGACUCUGGAGAAGCAGGAGACUGCCCAGUUGAAGAACCACGGAAAGGAAAAAAUAGGUGCUGAACAAGAAGAGAAACCGGUAGAAGAGCAGGAAGGAGAUGCACAGACGCCGGAGGAGGAGGACAAUGAGGCAAGAUGUGGGCAGUCACAGAGUCAACAAGAGCAAGAUACACAGCAGGAGAUCAAAAAGGAACAGGGAGGGCCUGAGCUGUCUCAGAACAAACAAGGAUGCCAGGGUGAUGCUGUACAGGCAGAUACGGAAAGCAAGGAGUACAAGGGCUCUACAGAAGCAGAAAGCGUAAGAGAGAAAGAAGGAACUACGUCUGAAAUGGAUUCUGCAGAAAAGCAGGGUGAUGCUUCGGGAGAAGAGCCUACUGUCAGUAGCGAGAAAGGCAAAGCAGACACGGCUGGGCAGGAAGGCAGUGACAAAGAACAAGAUGCUUUUGAUUCUCAGGAAGAAAUGAAAACGGGUCAUGAUAUUGUAACACAUGUCAACAGUUCUUGGAGCAAAAUAUCCAGCAUUGUACCUGCUUUAGAAAACAAAAGUGAGGUGGAUAAUAAAGCUGAUACCUCUGAGAAAAGUGACUUCCAGACACCAGAACCGAAGGCGCGGGAACCCAGCCAUGACGAAAAGGGUUACUUGCCCGCCAUUGAUGUAACUGCCGAUGAUACGGAAGAGGAGUAUGAGGAAGAUGAUGAGGAUGAUGAUGAUGAGGAUGAAAAAACUGAUGAUUCUGCUGAUGAGACGCUGGAUGGUGCUUCUGACUUCCCGAGUGAAGAGGAAAUAGAUGUUGAAAAAGUGGAUGCGUGUGAAUACAGUGAGGAUGACGAGCAGGUGGACAUUGAGACCGUGGAGGAGCUUUCAGAGAAGAUUAACAUUGCCCGUCUGAAGGCCACAGCUGGUAAUACCCAACCUUCCGAACAGACAUGCCAUGAUCAUAGUUCUUCGGAUGAAAAAUUAUCAGAAAAACCUACGAAGCAGAAACUUCGUUUCCGGAACGGAAGGCUGAAGACUGAGGCAGAAGCCUUUGCUCAUUACCGCGAGACACACACAGCAAACGAACGUCGGCGACGUAACGAAAUGAGAGAUCUCUUUGAAAAGUUGAAGAGUGCUCUGGGAUUGCACAACCUUCCCAAGGUCUCCAAAUCCUACAUUCUUAAGCAAGCCUUUGAAGAAAUCCAAGGAUUGACUGAUCAGGCAGAUAAACUAGUAGGACAGAAGAACUUACUGGCACGCAAACAAGAUGUUCUGAUUCGAAAAGUAUCCACGCUUUCAGGAAAGACAGAAGAGGUUGUCCUGAAGAAGCUAGAAUAUAUUUAUGCCAAACAAAAAGCAGGAGAAGCACAAAAGAAGAAGAACCCUGAGCCAGAGGAACCUGUUGUAACCUCAACUGCUAGCACGCAGCAGAAAGAAGCAUCUUCUGCUCCCCUCAAAGAGCCGGCCCAGAUAGCGAUGACAAACAGAAGAGGCAAGCCGUUGAUACUGGCCAGGAAAGGAGUCCGUGCCACAGAGGACACCUCAUCCCCUCUGACACUAACUGCUGCGAGCCUCGUGAUGACCCCGCAGGGGCAGGUGCUUACGCUGAAGAGCCCGCUGCUGCCGGCGCAGGUGGCGGCCGUGCCUUCCACGCUCCUGCAGACUGAGUUAAAGCCUCAAGCUCUCGGCACCGCCGUGACUGCACAGCCAGGUAUUGCUUCAGUGAUGAUUCAGCUGCCAGGAUCACCAGUUCCUGUCCAAGUAAAAGGAAUCCUCGCUAAUUCUACCAUUCCCAUUACACUGUCAACUGUUGCUGGAAACCCAGUGCCCACAGCAGUGGUACCAGCUGCCGGGCCCAGUGCAGAAAGUGAAGAUUCGUUCGUGAUGCCAAAGAUAGUUAAUGUGACAUCGCUGGCCGCUGAAGGAAGCGUGAACCUAAACUCGAACAGAAACAAAAAUUCUAAUGUAACAGCAGCUGCGGGUACUCAGGCUUCUGAGAAAUCCUCGGCUGUAGCACCCCUUGAAACUAAGAAGAGUGACAGCAUCCUGCCAGAAGAAAAAGCUAAACCGUCUCCUGGAGACAGCGAGGGGGAUGGAAGAAAUACUGCAGGUCCCAUGAAAGUUUCUUUUGAAAAUAAAGACGGCUUUGCACAGCUCCGGAAUGUAUCGAGUGCAAAGGAACCUCCGGAGUCCUUCAGCAAAAGGCUUGGUGUCGGUGAUUUUGCAGGAAGCCAAGCCAGGAGGAAAGAUGGUGAUCCUGGAGGGGAGAGAUUAAAAUCUAAAGAACUGCCCUUCCGCAAGCUGCAGAUCAAAGAUUCCAGGAUAGAAAUGGAAUUAAGGAAAGUAGCAUCUGCAAUGGAGGAAGCGGAACUGGAUGCGAGCGAGUUGCUGAGCAGCAUCGAGGACAGCGAUGACACGGAUGAAACCCUCACCUCGCUGCUCAAUGAGAUCGCCUUCCUCAACCAGCAGCUGAACGAUGACGCUUCAGCGAUGUCAGAGCUGCCCACCACGCUCAACUCGGAUUUCUCUCAUGAAGAUGCUCGUCGGAGAACAGCCGGUGACCUCACUGCUGCAGAUGGGUCUUCCUUCCAGUUUGGCCAUUUGGGAGGCAGUUUUAAGGACCUUGCCGAUGUUCCCGAGGGUGGUGGCUCUAUAAGCCCUCUCCUGCUCCACCUGGAAGAUGACGACCUUACUGAUGGAGAAAAGAACUCUGGGGAGCCUUCAUCUGAAGCGGAUGUUUUAAAGAUAGUAAUUGGUGCUGAAAUGAAGGAUUCACUGCCCAACCUAGCUGUAACCAGUGGCGGGCAUGGCAAAACCGUAACGACUUUGGCAGAGACCACUAACGUGACGCCGCCGGUUUUGCAGAUGAAAACUAAUCCCGAAGCGAGCAACGCUGACACGCUGUGGAGGCCCAUGCCCAAGCUGGCGCCGCUUGGCUUAAAAGUGGCGAGUCUGCCGACGGACUCGGAAGGGCAGAGCAAUAAAGUGAUGCCCUUAUUGGCACCCGUGGUUGCAAAACUGGCCCCCAGUGGGGUGAAAGCUGCGCUGCCCGCAGCCGUUCAGGAGGGACAGGAUAACAAAGUGAUGCCCAUGUUAGCGCCCGUGGUGACGAAAUUGAAUCCUGCUGGGCCCUCGCCUUCGAGUUCAGCAGACAAGUAA